UUUACCUUAGCAAGUUCCACAAAUAAUAUACCAAAUCAAGCAUUUCGAACUAUAAGAGACAUAGAGGGUAAUCCCCUCAACAAAAACUCAAGGUACUUUAUAGUUUCGGCUAUAUGGGGAGCUGGUGGCGGAGGCGUGAGGCUUGCUAAUCUCGGAAAUCAAGGUCAAAACGAUUGUCCCACAUCGGUGGUGCAAUCACGCAAUGACCUCGAUAAUGGUAUAGCAGUCUACAUCACACCUCAUGAUCCCAAAUAUGACAUCAUUAGUGAGAUGUCUACCGUAAACAUCAAAUUCUAUCUUGAUUCUCCUACUUGUUCUCACUUUACUAUGUGGAUGGUAGACGACUUUCCUAAACCCGCGGAUCAAUUAUACACUAUAAGCACAGGUGAACAGUUGAUUGAUUCCGUGAACUUGAACAAUCGAUUUCAGAUUAAGUCACUCGGUGGCUCGACAUAUAAGCUAGUCUUUUGUCCCUACGGAGAAAAAUUUACUUGCCAAAAUGUUGGAAUUGCCGAUGAAAAUGGAUAUAACCGUUUGGUUCUCACAGAGAAUGAAAAGGCAUUUGUGUUCAAAAAAGAUGAGAGAAUUGGGAUGGCAAUCGUGUAAUCUUUAAAAUCUUUGCUUAUUGGGUUGAACUCUUUUUUGAUGUCAGAUACUAGCUAUAAAUAAUUAUCGACUUCAAGAAAAGAGUAGAAGAAUGGGACUAUUGCAAACUAAAUAAAAAUAAUGUAAGAUAUGUAAUGCAGGGCCUAAGUGCUUAUUGUAAAAAUGAGAAGAAAUGUGGAAAAUUUUCUCUGUG